AUGCCACAAUUACGCACCUUAAGACCACAUAAAGGAAUUUUACUAUAUGGCCCACCUGGAUGUGGAAAAUCAAUGCUUAUUUCAGAAGCAUCAAAAAUGGGUGGUGGAACUUAUUUUAACGUUCAAUCAUCAGUUUUAAUAUCUAAAUGACAAGGAGAAAGCGAAAAACUUGUUAAAUUAUUGUUUGAUAUAGCUCGAUUUUAUGCUCCUUCUACAAUAUGCUUUGAUAAUUGUGAUGAUCUUAUUGGACUAACAAAUCUGAGAUUCGAGCUUCAUAAGCAGCUUCAAAUGGCAAUUUUAAAACAAAUUUAUGAUGUUUUUGAAUCGGAAAAUUCUUCUAGAAUAAAUAUAAUUUUUAUAACAAGCAUCCCUUGAGAAAUCAAUUAA